AUGGAUGGCGAAAAUCGGAUUAUAUUAAACGUUGGCGGCAUAAGAUAUGAAACAUACAAGGCGACGCUCAAGAAAAUUCCGGCAACGCGUCUCUCACGUCUGACCGAGGCACUGGCCAACUAUGAUCCGGUGCUCAAUGAGUAUUUCUUCGAUCGUCAUCCAGGUGUCUUUACCCAAAUACUUAAUUACUACAGAACUGGCAAGUUGCAUUAUCCAACAGACGUUUGUGGACCACUGUUCGAGGAGGAACUGGAGUUCUGGGGCCUCGAUUCCAACCAGGUAGAACCAUGCUGCUGGUCAACUUAUAGCAUACAUCGUGACACGCAAAACACCUUAGCCAUAUUAGAUAAACUAGAUAUUGAAAAUGAAAAGCCCACGGAGGAGCAAAUAGCGCGUCUGUUUGGCUUCGAGGAGGCUUUGAGCAAUGGCGAGCUUAAUUGCUGGCAACGCUUAAAGCCCAAGAUUUGGGCCAUGUUCGAUGAGCCAUCAAGCUCAACAGGUGCCAAGUUUGUUGCUGGCAUGUCGGUAUUCUUUAUAUUUGUUUCUGUGAUAUCAUUCUGCCUGAAAACACAUCCUGGUUUUCGCGUGGAUCUGCCCACCAGCUACAACGGUGACUCGCCCAUUUCUGGACAUGAGCAGCUGACGCCGACAAUUAGUCAGAAUGCGGCACAACAAUCGCCACAAUGGCAGUAUCAUCAGCAUAGUAUAACGCCACCUAGCGGCAGCAUUGGACCCACAUUUCGUGUCACAAACUACACAAGCUACAGCAGCGGCAAUCUGAGUGCCGCCCAAGCCACGCCCAUUGUCACGGUCAAGGGCAGUCAGCAACGUCAACGACUGAAAAGGAAUCUGAAUGGGAGCAGUCUGAAUGAUUUCAUCGAGGAAAAGCUCUUGGGUCACAAUGGCCGUCGGCAACAUGGCUGGGUCGAGACAUAUGGACAACCUCAUAAGGCCUUCUUCUAUGUAGAGCUGGUGUGCAAUGUGUGGUUCUUCAUCGAGGUCAUCAUACGGCUAAUUGUAUCGCCUAACUUAUGGCAAUUCAUUAAGUCUCCCGUAAACAUCAUUGACUUUACGGCCACGCUCAGUUUCUAUACGGAUGUAAUGCAACGGAUGGGCGAGUAUACGGGCUUAUUGGAGGCCUUCUCUAUAGUACGCAUCAUGCGUCUCUUCAAGUUGACGAGACACUCGCCGGGAUUACGCAUUCUCAUCCACACGUUCAAGGCAUCGGCCAAGGAAUUGACUCUGCUCGUGUUCUUCCUUGUGCUCGGCAUAGUCUUCUUUGCCAGCCUGGCUUACUAUGCUGAAAAAUUGCAGGACAAUCCAGACAACCAAUUCAAGAGCAUACCAUUGGGAUUAUGGUGGGCUAUUGUUACCAUGACUACAGUGGGCUAUGGCGAUGUUGCGCCCAAGACCUAUCCGGGCAUGUUUGUGGGCGCCCUCUGUGCUUUGGCUGGUGUCCUGACUAUUGCACUACCCGUACCUGUUAUCGUUAGCAAUUUCUCCAUGUUCUAUUCGCACACUCAAGCACGCUCCAAGCUGCCAAAGAAAAGACGCCGUGUUUUGCCCGUGGAACAGCCACGCCGCAAGCGAGAACCUCCGGCGCCGCAUCGUGGCCGGGCCAAUGCCAUCAAACAAACGCCGCCCACAGUGGGGGGCGUGGUUGGCACCCACACGGUCGUGCAGGCACCGACGCCGAUGUUCAAGGAUGCGUUUGGCGGCGCUAAAAUCGGCAAUGUGAACGGCGUGAAUGUCAUUGGCCUGCAUCUGCACAGGCCGCCGACAACGACCUGCGCGGCCAACUGCCACGCCCACACGCACGCCUAUACGUACGCCCACAGUCCGAGCCAUUUGCCACAGACAACGACGACGUCGGCGACGCUACCCGGCUCCAUCGCCAUCGCCAACGCCAAUGCCAAUGCCUCGGCCGGUGGCUCAACGGCAACGCUGACGCUGACGCCGAUGCCGACGCCGCUGCUGGUGUCCGCCGGCGCUUCGUGCCCCACGUUCAUCAGUUCGGACUACUUAAGUGUGCCGACCGUGCAGAGCCUGCAGCCGAGGGCGGCGACCACAGGACACGAUUUCAUGUUGCCGCUUCAGCCGAAACUUGUGCCGCCUCUGGAGCGUAAGGAUCAGCAUCCGUUGCAACUAACCGCGCACAAUUUGGCCUCGGAUACGCAACAACUGUAUGCGAGCCACGCCCACAGAACCGGCACCGUACUGAGUGUGCCGCCCACUUUGAGCAUGACCCACACCCAAAUGCCGCCGGGCAUGGCCAGCAUGGGACAAAGGACACCGAAUUUGAGCUAUCGAGCAACGCAUAGCCACACGCCUGCGCCUAUCCAACAGCCAAUUCCACAGCAAAUUCAGCAUCAAAGCACACCGAUACAGGCGGCAUCCAUGGAUUGCAAUAUCAAAAUCUCUGUAGCUGGAGCAACUGCCACUUGCAAGGAUGAGAUGAUGGCGCCCAAGGUGACGCUGCUCGAGGAUCUGAGCGAUGAGGUCAACUCAUCGACGGAUGAUUGUGGUGAAUGCUGUCUCGUGGACGAUAGCGAUACCUACGAGGCCAGCAAUAACAAUGGACCGCAUGUCAAUCAGGAAAUGGAGCAGGACAUCGCCGUCGCCGAAGACAGUGGCGACAGUUUCGGUUCGGCUGGCAUUUACAUAGGACCCACCCAUUGA